ACAUUAAUUCAGAAUUGUCAAAGAUGUUCUAUUCCGUGGUUUGGGGGUGACUUUUAACAUCUAUCAAGCUGAAGACUGGCCCUCUUACAUUGCAAAUAUAGAGAGUCUUUAGCUGUGUUUUUUGUUGUUGUGUUUGUUUGUUUGUUUCUUUGUUUUUGAGCAGAUGCCUGCUCCUGGACAGGAUGGGCUUACAUUUUCAGAGUGAGGAGUUUGUACAAGCUCUCGCUGGAUUUUAGCCCUGUUAGUUUCGGUGUAUUCCAGAGAGCAAGGCCUAGUUUCUUUUGCUAACAUGCUUUCUGCCACUCACCCUGUUCUUGUGAUCUUCUUAGUCAUCAGAGGGACCAACGGAGACUCAGUGAACCAGACAGAAGCCUCAGUGGUUCUUCCAGAGGAGGCACCUUUGACACUGAGCUGCACUUACCAGACCACUUAUCCGGAUCCCUAUCUUUUCUGGUACGUCCACUAUCCCAACAGAGCUCCUCAACUCCUCCUGAAGGGGUCAACUGCAAACCCGAGGCCCAAGGAGCAAGGUUUCCAGGCCACUCUGGUUAAGAGUGACAAGACCUUCCACCUGCAGAAACGCUCAGUGCAAACAUCAGACUCGGCUGUGUACUACUGCGCCCUGAGUGACACAGUGAGAGGGGCUGCAGGGGGAGCUGAGCACAAACCCAGAGGGCACAGGUGGGGACUGGCUGUGGGCUGCCCUGGGAGGGGGGGUUCUUCUCUGUCUCUGCUCUGGCAUGCUGGAGGUAUCCUCAGGGUACUUCCAGCUCUGAUGCUCAGAGCCAGGAUCCUUGGAAUUCUUGGAUUGCUGGUCAGAGAGGAAUCUAGGCUGGGGCAGUUUAAGAGGAACCUAAGAGCUUGUCUCAGAAAUGCCUUUCUUCUCAGCCCAGCCUCUUUCCUCCAGAUGGCACAGAAUUUCUUGGAAGUGACACUAGCUCCAGCGUCUUCCUGUCAUCACGGCAGCUCUUACAGAACACUCAAUAAUCAAUCCACCUCUGGACUUGAGAUCUGUGCUUUGAGAAACUCAGGAUUCUGGACAUGGCCAGGACUGCAAAACCUAAUGUCUUGUUUCUGUCAUGGCAUUUAUGCCUGUGGUCCUUCUGAAAUAUUAUGA